AUGCUCUCGAUUGGCUUCUCCGGUCCAACUCCCGCUCACCCCUUGGCGCUUCCUCAGGCCAGCAUGAUCCCCGAGGCGCUGCUUCCUCCUGACGGGAAGGUGGACAUCUUCGCCGUCCACUCGCGGCUCAACGUCGAGGAGCACAGGAAGGUCGUGCACAGGGACGCCCGCUGGCUCACCAUCGUCAGGGAGCCGGCCAGCCUCUUCGAGUCCCUAUACACCUUCUAUGGCAUCGCCCCCUGGUACAGGCUGGACGUGACGGAGCUGAGGAAUGUCCCCCUGGAGGUGAGAGAGCCAGCGCCCUUUCCCUGUGUCGGCCUCCCUUCCUUGUUGGCCUCGAUGCGUUCCCUCGCAUGGGCGACUCCUUUCGAGUCUGACGUCAGCCAUCUCUGUCUUACUUCACAGAAGCUGAAGGCCCUUCCUCGCUUCGGGGAGGUUUUCGGCAAGAACCAGAUGCUGUUCGACCUGGGCUUCCCCGACGACCUGUCCGAGGCGCGGCUGCAGGAGGCGAUCGAGGAGACCGAGCGCCUGUUCGACCUGGUGAUGGUGGCCGAGCGGAUGGACGAGUCGCUGGUCCUGCUGCGCCACCUGCUGUGCUGGAGCCUCCACGACGUCGUUGCGUUCGCCAAGAACGCCCGUCGGGAGGGCGUGAGGCCCGCCCUGGACGCCCACACGCGGCGGACGCUCCGCGAGCUGAACAGCGCCGACGUGCGCCUCUACGAGCACUUCCUGGCCAAGCACCGGCGCGCCGUGGUCGACUUCGGCGUAGGCAGGAUGGCGCGCGAGGUGGCCGCCCUCAGGAGCCUCCGCGAGCGGUACUUCGGGGAGUGUGGUGUGUACCACGUGGAGGGCCACAACCCUUUCCCCAAGUUCAGGGAGUACUCGGGCCUCGUGGGCGCCUACGCCACGGACAGCGCCGACGACCAGUGCCAGAGGCUCUCCUUCUCGGAAUUGGCGCUCAUAGACGAGGCGAGGGACAGACAGAUGGCUUUCCUCGAGAAAGACAGGCUCUCGCAGCAAAGGUCCGGCUUACACGUUUAG